AUGGCUUCAGACCUGGGCCUUAUAGCCCAGAUGUUGGAUGCGACUCUCGACCCUGUGAAGCAUAGGAAAGCCGAGAACGAUCUCAAGGCUGAAGAAAAGAAACCUCAGUUUUCGCUACAGCUGCUCAAGAUAGUAGCGACCGAGAAUCUUCAACCCAAGACCCGCCUUGCCGCAGCACUUUGCUUCAAGAAUUACAUCCGACACAACUAUGUGGAUGAAGAAGGCAACUACAAGCUUCCUAUCGAGGAAGUUAACAUGAUAAAGCAAGAACUUAUUGGGCUUAUGAUUGCUUGUCCCUCUACCAUCCAAACGCAGUUAGGUGAGGCUAUCAGUAUAAUUGCUGACUCGGAUUUCUGGAGUCGAUGGGAUACCCUUGUUGCCGAUCUCGUAUCGCGCUUUUCGCCUGAUAACUUUAAGGUCAACAAUGGCGUGCUUGAAGUCGCACACUCUAUCUUCGUCAGAUGGCGGCCGCUGUACCGCUCUGAUGAUCUGUACACUGAGAUCAACCACGUUCUAAACACAUUCGCUGCGCCAUUCCUAAAUCUUCUGGGUGCUACGGACCAACAGAUCACUGCUCAUGCCAACGACAAGGAGGCCCUGAAGGGUUACUUCGACACGUUAAGUCUACUCAUCAAAGUGUUUUACGAUCUAUCCUGCCAGGAUAUGCCGCCCCAAUUCGAAUCGAAUUUGCCACACCUAUCGACCCUACUUCACAACUACUUAACCUACGAAAACCCGCUGCUAGAGACAGACGACGAUUCAGAAGCUGGCGUAGUUGAAAUAGUCAAGGCUGACAUCUGUGAAGUUUUGCAGCUUUACGUUACGAAAUUUGACGACGAUUUCGGCCGAUUCGCACAGGUUUUUAUUAAUAGCGCGUGGAAUUUACUCUCCGCAAUUGGACCCGAGACUAAGUACGAUAAUCUCGUCAGUAAAGCGCUACAUUUCCUGACGGCAAUUGCUGCAAACCCACAGCACUCCCGAGCUUUCAACGACGAAUCCGUUUUGGGACAAGUUGUAGAAAAGGUGGUGCUACCCAAUGUUGCGUUGAGAGAGUCCGAUAUUGAACUAUUUGAGGAUGAACCUAUCGAAUUUAUCCGUCGUGACCUUGAAGGGUCAGACACAGAUUCACGACGAAGGGCAGCUACCGACUUCCUAAGACAGCUUCAAGGCGAAUUCGAACAAUUGGUCACCAAUGUCGCAGGAAGAUAUAUUAACCACUAUCUGGAGCAAGGCAAGACGAACUGGAAGGACAAGGAUACGGCUAUCUCACUGUUCUUAUCGAUCGCAGCCAAAGGAGCGGUGACUGCAGCACAUGGCGUCAGGACAGUCAACUCGCAGGUCAAUGUAGUCGAUUUCUUUCAGCAGCACAUUGCUAAUGACCUUGUUUCCGAUGCGGGUGUCGAGCCAAUCUCCAAGGUAGACGCAAUUAAAUACCUCUACACCUUCCGAAGCCAACUGUCCAAAGAGCAAUGGCAGGCUGCGUUCCAACCCCUGAUCCAGAACAUGGGCUCGUCGAAUUACGUCGUUUAUACAUACGCAGCCAUCUGUGUUGAGAGGCUACUAUACUUAGCAGAUGAUUCUGGCGCUCGCUUUUUCGGUAGAGCUGACAUCGAGCCUUUCGCGAAAGAUCUCCUUGACCAUCUCUUCAAGCUUGUAGAGAAGGAGAACUCGCCGGCAAAGAUGCAAGAAAAUGAGUUCCUUAUGCGUUGUAUCAUGCGGGUGCUAAUCGUUAUGAACACUGGCAUCUCAAGUUUUGUUGAUAUGGUUUUGGAUCAUCUAGUUGGGAUCACAAAUAUCAUCAAAGCUAACCCGAGCAACCCGCGCUUUUACUAUUAUCACUUCGAAGCUCUAGGUGCAGUUGUAAGCUUCGGCUCGUCUGGUGGGACGGCAAAAUUAGAGGAGCGGCUAUGGGCACCUUUCAAUGCAAUAGUAACGGAAGAUGUAAACGAGUUCAUGCCGUAUGUGUUUCAACUCUGGGCCAAGCUACUGGAACUCGAACCAACCGGCGCACUUCCCAACCAAUACCAGGCGUUGGUACGACCUUUGAUGAUGCCAACGCUUUGGGAAACGAGAGGAAACGUCCCAGCGCUCACGAGAUUAUUAGCUGCCAUAAUACCUAGAGCAUCCCGCAUUAUAGUAGCAGAAAACCACAUUCAGUCGGUUCUAGGCAUCUUCCAGACUCUCCUUGCCGGCAAGAAGACAGAGCAGAACGCGUUCGAUUUGCUAGAGUCAAUUACUAUAUCUAUCGAGAGAAGCGCUUUGGAGCCUUACUUUAAAGAAAUAUUGUCUCUUCUUUUCACAAAGCUCCAAAAGGCCCCGUCUGAUUCGUUCAAGCUUCGAUUCGUACGAUUCUAUCACCUAGUGUCAGCCAGGGUGGAAGCAGGCUUAGGCGCAGAUUUCUUCGUCAGCCAAGUAGACCUGAUUCAGAACAAUCUAUUCACUCAGAUCUACCUUAGCAUCAUUCUCCCAAGCUCGGAGCUGCUUGUGCGCCCGAUCGAUCGCAAACUCGCCGUUAUCUCAUUCGCCAAGUCGAUGGGAGAUAGCGCUGCCUUUGCCCAACGUUACCUCAAGGGGUGGCGAUUCACAUGCGAAGCGAUGCUGAAGUUGCUACUAAAUCCACCAAAGGUAGCAGGAGGGGUUGGGGAUGAUGUAGUUAAUGAGGCGGACGUAGACGACAUCGGCUUCGGCUUAGGUUUCACUGCUCUCAAUACAUGCAAAAAGACUGCUCGAGAUGAUUACGCCGAGAUCCAGGACAUCACGAUUUGGGUGCGGCAAUACCUUACUGAGGCUAAUGCUCGACACAAUGGCGCAAUUGCCCAAUAUUUGCAGGUGAGGCUUACGGACGAGGGAAGACGAGCAAUGGCAAUCUACGUAAGCUAG